AUGGGACUCUUGAGGGCCAUAGGAUUUUUCCAUGGAAACAUAUUCUUAUUUAGUGUCAUGAUAGGGGCAGGAAUCUUUGUGUCUCCUAAAGGGGUUUUGAAAUACUCUUCACAGAACAUCCCUGUUUCGCUGAGUAUAUGGGCCACUGCUGCCCUGCUAAAAAUGAUGAAUUCUCUUUGUCUUGCAGAGCUAGCAACUACUUUUCCUGUGAGUGCAGCACCCUAUUAUUGCCUAAAAAGAUCACUUGGAUCCUCUGUUGCUUUCCUUAAUGUUUGGAUUAAUAUAUUUGGAUAUUCCUUGGGACUAAGUACUCAAAGCUUACUAAUAGCAAGUUGUCUCAUCCAACCUUUCUAUUCUGGGUGCCCAGCUCCAGAACUACCAAAGAAAUGUCUGGCUUUGACUAUUUUGUGGUUACUAGGAAUUCUUAAUGCUCGAGGGGUAACUACAGUGUCUUGGUUUAAUACUAUCAAUAGUUUCAUGAAGAUAGCUGUUCUUUGCUUCAUUUCUCUAACUGGGGUUGUACUGUUAGUGAUUGGGAAAAGAGAGAAUGUGUCCAGGUUUGAGAAUGCUUUGGGUGCUGAAUUUCCUGAUGCCUCACAAAUUGCAGAAGCCAUUCUCCAAGGGUCUUUUGCAUAUUCUGGAUCAUCACUUCUGUUCACCAUAGCAGGAGAAAUAAAAAAUCCUGCUGAAACGAUUCCAAAAUCUCUGAUUUCUGGUAUAUCUACUGUGGCUGUGUUAUACAUAUUGACUAAUGUAUCCUACCUGGCAGUUUUGUCACCUCAGGAAAUCAUCUCUUCAGAUUCUGUUGCUGGCACAUGGAUGGACAGAGUCUUCCCUUCCAUGCAAUGGGUCAUUUCUUUUGUGGUCUCUAUUUCAAUGUUAAACAGCACUGCCUGUGGAAUACUUUCAGCAUCAAGGUUUUUUUACUCUGCAAGUCAAGAAGGACAGCUGCCUUUCAUCUUCUCUAUGCUUAACAACUACCAUUGUCCAGUUGUAGCUGUGACAAAGAUCAUCAUUUUUUCUUCUAUUGCAGUAAUACCUUCAACCUUAGUCAACUUAAUAAAAUAUUUGAUGUUGUCAUCCUUAGUUUUAAGUGAGCUAAAUAUGAUAGCUUUGCUUAAACUAAGGUACCAGGAGCCCCAUCUACACAGACCUUACAAGGUGUGGUCACCAUUUCUAUUUGCGUCGAUGUCUUCUUCUUUGUUUCUAGUUGUCUUGCCAAUGAUUAAGACUCCCAGAAUGGAGCUUAUUUACCAAGUCAUCUUUAUUUUAAGUGGAUUUCUGUGUUUCUGGCUUCAUAUUCACCUUAAGCAACAUUCUGGGGUUUUUGAUAAAAUCACUUGUUAUUUGCAAUUGCUAUUUAAUGUUUCCCCACCUGAAAAUAGAGAUAACAUUUUUAUUCACUAG